AUGUCAUCUUCCAAUAAUUCUUCUCACAAUUCUUCGUCGAAUUCCUCCUCCGACGAAGAAGUGCCAAAUCAAGGUCAUCUUCCCACAAUUCUUCCUGAUUCAAAUGUUGAUCCCGAUUUACUUUUUAUGCAGCUUGCUUCCAAUUUCAUGCAAGUGGCGAGUACUUUUAAAUUUGAUCCUCCAUCUCAACCGAAAAGGAAGCGUCGAGUUAUUCCUCGUGAUCGUGAAAGCGGUGGUAAUCGCGUUUAUAGGGAUUAUUUUGCUCCUGAACCGGUGUAUGGCCCUCAGUUUUUCCGCUGUCAUUUUCGCAUGAACCAGGAAUUGUUUCUACGCAUUGUCAAUGCGCUAGAAGUUGAUCUAUACUUCCAACAACGCGCUGACGCCUGUGGCCGUGUUGGAUUCUCAUCAAUUCAGAAGUGCACAACGGCGUUUCAUCAACUGGCAUAUGGUACUGUCGCCAAUUGCUGCGACGUGUAUCUUCGUAUAGAAGAAACGACGACCUUGGCGUGCUUGAAGAAAUUCUGUAAAGCCGUUGUUCAUAUUUUUAGUGGUCAAUAUUUGAAGAGGCCAACCACCGCUGACGUUCAAAGACUACUAGCAAUACACGAGGCGAAACAUGGGUUCCCUGGAAUAUUGGGGAGCCUAGAUUGCAUGCAUUGGACUUGGAAAAAUUGUCCGGUGGCUUGGUAUGAGCUAAAUCUGACAGAGCUGGCAUUUAUUCGUCCAGAGCAGAAUACAUUUACAGAGCUGAACAUCUCCAGAGCUACCUCUGCCAACACUGUUCCAGAGCUGGAAAUCCCCCUUAUCCAGAGCUGA